AUAACAGGCUAUGCCGUUUUAAGCGUUUCCAACAAAACCGGUUUACUUGACUUCGCGAAGAAACUGAAUGGAGUCGGUCUGAAGCUCGUGGCCAGCGGUGGGACCGCCAAACUGGUCAGAGAUGCGGGAAUUCCGGUCGACGACGUGUCGGACAUUACCGGCGCUCCGGAGAUGUUGGGCGGGAGAGUGAAGACAUUGCAUCCGGCCAUUCACGCCGGUAUUCUCGCCCGAAAGACCGAUUCAGACCUGCAGGACAUGAAGCGACAAAACUUUCGUUACGUGAAUCUCGUUGUCUGCAAUUUGUAUCCAUUCGUUGAGACGAUUAGCGCCGCGAACGUGAAUAUCGCCGACGCCGUGGAACAGGUGGACAUCGGAGGCGUCACUCUAUUGAGAGCCGCCGCCAAAAAUCACGCCAGAGUUACAGUGAUUUGCGAUCCAAAGGAUUACGAUAUUGUGGUCAAAGAAUUGGUGGCAAACAAAGAGGUGUCCGAAGCGACCAGAAAGCGAUUGGCGGUCAAAGCGUUCAAUCACACGGCUCUCUAUGAUUCUGCCAUUUCUAACUAUUUCAGGGCUCAGUAUAACGGAAACGUAUCCCAACUGUCGCUCCGGUAUGGUAUGAAUCCGCACCAAAAACCGGCACAACUCUACACCUUUGAAGACAAGUUGCCGCUAACUGUAGUGAACGGUUCGCCCGGUUUUAUCAAUCUAUGCGAUGCUCUCAACGCCUACCAACUCGUGAGGGACUUGAAGAAGGCGUUGGGUCUGCCGGCGGCCACUUCUUUCAAGCACGUGAGUCCCGCCGGCGCCGCCAUCGCUGUCCCCCUAAACAAAGAGCAGUUGAAGUUA